AUGUCUUGGAAAAAUGCUUGCAAAAAGAAUAGCCAGUCUUUGAAGUUCUUAAGCUACGAACCACAUAGUGAAAAAUUUAAAAAGGAUGACAGGAAUAGUACAAGUAUAUUUGAUGAAAUUAUUGGGACAGUUCAAAGACAAGAUUCUUCUUCUAUAUCGGAAAUUAUAACACCUUUUCGUCAGGCUGAAAAUUCUGUUUUUUCACCGUUAUCUAAUGAUAAACAACAAUCACCUGUUACAACUACUUCCUUCCAACUUUCUUCAGAAGAUGAACACACUCUUAACAUUUUAUCUGAUCACUCAUCAUUAACUAGUUCUAUUUCCUUACCCGCACCUCUUGAUAUUGCUAAGCUUAUGGGUAGAUAUGAUAUUUGGUCUACACAAGAAAAUUCUGAUAAUGAGAGUAUUCAAAGUAAAGAAGAACAGAAUACUGACGUAAAGACAAAUGUUAUACAUGAACAAUUAUCUUCUGCUGUGGCUACUAGUUCUUGG